AGUCAGUCAAUCGGUGUUUUGAUACGGUGACGGUUGUGUGAAAAAGUGUGUUAAAGCGUACAUUCUCUAAAACCGAAGUGUUUCUUGAGUUCACGAUGUCGGAUGAAAUCGCAGAGAAUGGAACAGCGAACGGCGACGUUCCGGAGAUCGAGCUGAUCAUAAAGGCAUCGACAAUAGACGGGCGGCGGAAGGGCGCGUGUCUGUUCUGCCAGGAGUACUUCAUGGACCUUUACCUCCUCGCAGAGCUUAAGACCAUCAGCCUAAAGGUGACGACAGUGGACAUGCAGAAGCCGCCGCCCGACUUCCGCACGAACUUCGAGGCCACACACCCGCCCAUCCUCAUCGACAACGGCCUCGCCAUCCUCGAGAACGAGAAGAUCGAGCGCCACAUCAUGAAGUCCGUGCCCGGCGGUCACAACCUAUUCGUACAGGACAAAGAAGUGGCCUCCCUGAUCGAGAACCUGUAUUCGAAGCUGAAGCUGGUGCUGGUGCGCAAGGACGAGCAGAAGUCGGCGUCGCUGCGCGCGCACCUCGCGCGCAUCGACGCGCUGUUGGAACGCCGGGGCACGAGGUUCCUUACGGGCGACACGAUGUGCUGCUUCGACUGCGAGCUGAUGCCGCGCCUGCAGCACAUCCGCGUCGCCGGCAAGUACUUCGUGGACUUCGAGAUCCCGACGAGCCUGAUAUCGCUGUGGCGCUACAUGUACCACAUGUACCAGCUGGACGCGUUCACGCAGAGCUGCCCCGCCGACCAGGACAUCAUCAACCACUACAAGCUCCAGCAGCAAGCAACUAAAGGUCUGCUGUCUCCCUCGCUGCCGCGCAGUCGGCCGCGGGACGAGCCCCACGUGGCGCUGAAAAUGAAGAAACACGAAGAACUCGAGACGCCCACAUUCACGACGUCCAUCCCUGUGGACGUGAACUCCCCCCACCACGAGCAGUAGCGCGCGCCACAAGCCCCACCACUCCACCGUUAUUAGUAAAUCGUAAGGAACGCUGGCCGCACACACAAGAGUUGCAAGUACGGUAUGCCUGAGGGUAUGAUGCGUUCUAUGAGUGUCACACAUGGCGAUUAGGUUCACGCCUCCUGUUGACAUACCAAAAGUUAAGAGCCUUAAAGCCUAACUUUCCGUUCGAUUGAACCUUUAUCCGCAUAAGGGAGAGCCUCUUUUUUAUUAACCUGUGUGAUAAAAUCAUUACUUAUAUGCACGCAAUCUGUGUAUGACCCAUAAAUCGGGCCUUUGUUCCUAGCCCGCCAACUAAAGAAACAUAUGCAAAAAAAAACUCGAGCAUCAUUGAAGAAAUGUAGAAAAACAUGUCUCCUACAAGUUGCAUCUUACAGGUCACUCGACAUUUCAAAAAUGUUGAACUGUGGGUCACUCAUGUUCAAGUCAAGAAUAUUCUUGACUUAAACACGUGAGUGACCCGGUUAAUUUAUCCGAGAAAUUUUGUUAUUAAAACAUUCUGACAUCGAGUUAACACUUCUAUAUUUAACUGAGACUAAGAGACACUUAUGUGGUCGUCAUACCGUACUUGUGAAGCGUAAACUGCCAGCACGGUAAGCAGCCUCCUCCCUCAGUAAGUAUGUACGCGUGUACAAGGAGCCUUGAGCUCCACCGCCCGCCUACGCUACGCCCGACAGAAACUUAAUAUAUUUUUAUACAAAUUUGGAAUUAGAGCAUUUUUAAUUUUUAGUGUUGCUAUGUUGGUAAUAAUUGAGUAUGUGAAUUUUUAUGAUAAUGGUGCAAUCAAAACUUAGUUUUGGAUAUGUGUUGCCGUUUGGGUUGUUACGUGGCUUAUGAGGAGCUCGCUUCUCUAGUUGAUCGGUUUGAUGUUAAGCAAUUGUGGCCAUUAGUACUUGGUUUAACUUGUUGGGAACGCCCAGUAUUGUGUAUCAAACAUGAUUGGUAGAUUAAUCGGCAGAGGUGCCGAAGGUACCCGGAUUUGAUUCAGUGUUUUUCGGGUUAUAUAAGUGUGGGAGAUAGUCAUUGGCUGGUAUGGGACUACCUCCUACAUUUAUACCUAACUAUCUAGUUUAUAGCUUUCAUACAGUGUUCAAUCACAACGAAUAAGAAUUCUGACGUAUUUUUUGUAUUAUAUUCAUUAUUUAUAUAAGAUUGGUUUACAGUAUUUUGUUGGUUCUUUUUUGGACUAGUGUAAUGUUAAGUUAGACAGAAACAAUCACAUUUCGUGUCAAUACCUCUGCCUGUUUAUUUUGCUUAAUUAUUUUUUACAACUUUUCAUUUAUUAUGUAUAAAAUAAUAUGUGAACACUCUUGCCUGCAAUCAAUGUUACCUUUGGGAAGGUAGUUGUUUUAAUUUGCAAUUUCAUUCUCAUAAUUUGAUAUAAUAAUUAUGGUCAAUAUUAUUAACAACUGUAUAAUUUAACAUACAAUUUACAACAAAAUAUUCUUUAAUGUUUUUCCUGAACUUCAAAUCAAAUUGUUAUAAUAGUUUUAAUAACAUGAGACUGUAGAAAAAGUAUAUGUUGCUGAUAAUAAAAUACAUAUAAACAUAGUACACACUGACACAAGGGCGAGAGACCAUCACCAUGUCUGGACAAUGUAUAAAAUAUUAAUUCUAGAUUAUAAUUUAAGUGUUAAGGAAUAAAUCUGGAUAAAUAUUAUUUUU